AAAACGGCGUGUGCCCACGUUUGCCGAAUCAUUUCCAGUCGGUCCAGAGGCGAGCAAUCAUUCGAGAGUCCUUCGCAACGAAUCCAGAGAAAUGGCAGCCCGUUUCAUAAUCAGUGCGCUUCUGCUAGCUAGCCCAGCGGUAUGGGGAAAGCCCACCUUCGGACGAGAGCAUGUCCACAUCCGCAUUCACCUGCCGGAAAGCGGUGGGGAUCACGGCGGCCACGGAGGUGGUGAUUUUGGCGGCCACGGAGGCGGUGAUUUUGGCGGCCAUGGAGGUGGAGGUUAUGAGAUUCAUUCCCACGAUGGCGGAUACAGCGGCGGUGGAGGAGGCGGUGGCCAUGUGAACACGUAUGCUGUUAUCACCGAGAACCACGGAUACAGUUCCGGGGGUGGCGGAGGCGGCGGAGGUGGCGGUGGCCACGGAUACAGCUCCGGCGGAUAUAGUUCCGGUCAUGAUGAUGCCAAGAUUGCUGCCAUCGCUGCUGCUGCUGGCUCGUCCUCCGAUCACGGACAUGGCGGACACGGAGGCAGCGGCGGACACGGUGGAGGUUAUGGUGGCCAUGCCAUCGCCAACAUUGCAGCCAUCGCCGCCAGCUCAGACUCUUCUGCUCAUGGAGGCAACGGAGGAUACGGCGGCUACAGCGGUGGCGGUCACAGCGGAGGAGGUCAUGACACCCAGGUGAUUGUGGCUGCUGCUGCAGAUUCACAUGGCUCUUCCGGCGGAUCCUCCGGUGGAUACAGUGGCGGCUCCUCCGGGGGCUACGAUGGUGGAUAUUCUGGUGGAUCCUCUUACAGCGGUGCCUCCUCCUACAGCGGCGGCUCGUCCUACAGCUCUGGAGGAUACAGCGGUGGACAUGGCGGCUAUAGCAGUGGCGGCGGAUCCAGCUAUGAUACCCAGGUGGUGGCUGCAGCCGCUGCUUCCGGCAGCGGUGGCUCCUACGGCGGAUCUUCCGGCGGCGGUGGCGACGGAUACAGCUAUUCAGCGCCGGCCUCCGGCGGCUGGGCGGGAUCCAGUUCAAACUGGAAGUAGACGGCAAUGUCCGUCGUUGGCCAUCUGGUCGUCUAGUCUACUGUUCACGUUUAACUUAUAUUUGACAUGUUCGCUCAUCCAUAUUCCACACAUUCUCCCAAGAUACUGGUGUACAAAAUAAACCAUGUUAGUGUAAUAAUUUAA